AUGGGCAUUCGUCAGACACCCGAUCCUCCGGUGACCAGCGGAAUGGGCUCGCAUUCAAAGUCGAUCACCUCCGAUAAACCUCCCACCUCCCAUCCUCCCAGCCUCCUCCCCUCGGCGCCUGCAUCUCCGCCGACCCCAGCUCCUAGCCCUACUCCCCAUCAGCGACCGACAACCUGGCGGUGGUCUGGUGAAGAUGAGGAUGAGCUGCUGUUGAACGCUAGGAUACGGUUUGAGUCGCUGUCAGGACCUAAGAGGCAGCAGUUUCUUGAAGCGAUCCUCAGUCAAUGCAAUAGUCAGCAGCUCAGCUUUGUUUCGAGCUAUGUCACACCGCGUCUGAGAAAGGACCCCUUUACAGAGUUCCCUACCGAAAUCUCGCUAAGGGUCCUUUCUUUCGUCGAUGACCCGAAAACGUUGGCGAGAGCGUCGCAAGUAUCCAGGCGGUGGCACGAGCUGUUAAAUGACGAUAUAACUUGGAAGAACCUCUGUGACAAACAUGCCUACGCCCAUCGGCAACCUCCAGACGAAGAUCAGGACUUUAUCGAGCCCAUCCACAAUCACCGUACACACACUUUGGCCGGGUUACAACGGAGAUUUAGCGCCACAGCUCAGUCUCGCGAUGGCUUUGCGGACUUUUCACGGUCAUUGUCCGGGGACUGGAGCUCUUCCUCGACUCUCCAGGCAAAGAAGCGACGAACUCGUUUUCUCUCUUAUAAGUAUCAUUUCAAGCAAAAGUACAUGAUAGAGUCUGCGUGGAUCAAGGGUGGCAGAUGUGCCCAGCGACAUAUCUCCCCGGAUCAGGGCGUAGUAACCAGUUUACAUUUGACCCCGAAAUACAUUGUGGCGUCACUGGACAACGCGAAGAUCCACGUGUAUGACACCAACGGGGAAAAUCAGAAAACCCUCCAAGGACAUGUGAUGGGGGUAUGGGCUAUGGUACCCUGGGAUGACAUUCUUGUUAGCGGUGGGUGCGAUCGAGAAGUGAGAGUAUGGAACAUGGCUACUGGAGAGUGCGUAUAUUUAUUACGUGGCCAUACGUCGACCGUGCGUUGCUUGAAGAUGUCAGAUAAAGAUACAGCUAUCUCAGGGUCCAGGGAUACUACGCUUCGGGUUUGGGAUCUAAAGACCGGUACAUGCCGUUCUGUUUUGGUCGGUCACCAGGCCAGUGUCAGAUGCCUCGCUGUCCACGGGGAUACCGUCGUCUCGGGAAGCUACGAUACUACUGCUCGUAUCUGGAGUAUAUCAGAAGGCCGGUUUAUACGUGCCUUGUCAGGACAUUUCAGUCAGAUCUACGCGAUAGCCUUUGAUGGCAACCGAAUCGCCACUGGCAGUCUCGACACCAGCGUCCGGAUAUGGGAUCCAAACACUGGUCAGUGUCAUGCUAUUCUCCAGGGGCAUACCUCGCUAGUUGGGCAACUGCAGAUGAGUGGUGAUACCCUUGUCACUGGUGGUUCGGAUGGGUCUGUUCGUGUCUGGUCAUUGAACAACAUGGGCCCUAUACACCGCCUAGCGGCUCACGAUAACAGCGUGACUAGCCUCCAGUUUGACAACAGCCGAAUCGUCAGUGGUGGCAGUGAUGGUCGCGUCAAAGUGUGGAGUCUUCAGACAGGGCAGCUCCUGCGAGAAUUGUCGACUCCUUCAGAUACGGUCUGGAGAGUCACGUUCGAGGAGGAAAAGGCAGUGAUCAUGGCUAGCAGGAAUGGUCGGACGGUUAUGGAGGUUUGGAGCUUCUCGCCGCCACAAGAAGAGUUUGAACAAGAUGCCAUGGCAUUUGGAGUAUCGUCUAGCAUUUCGGAGCCUCCCCCAGUUACAGAAAACGACCUACCGCGACGACUGCUGUCCCCAACCGUCUCACAGACGCCCGACGUUGACCAGCCCAUGGUGGAUGCCCCGUUAUAG